GUAAUAGCUUAUUGAGACAUGUAGAAAGCAAAGGAAGAGAUGGAAAAAUUGAAAGGGGAGGCACAAGCCAACAAGGAUCACAUGCUACAGUAUAAAGAAAUAGCACAAGUGAAUGAAGUUGCAUUGAAGCAAAUUGAAUCUGCUCAUGAAAAAUUCAAGGCUGAGGCUGACAAGCUAAAGAAGUCACUGGAGGAUGAAAUCCAUUUUCUCAAGGGAAGGGUUUCAGAACUUGAAAGUGAUCUUAUGUCAAAGUCCACAGAAGUUAUAUCUACAGUUUUAGGGAAAAAAGAAGCUCUAUCUUCUUCAUUUGCUGAAAUUGACCGUCUAAAGGAAGAAAAUUUUGUAAAAACGUGAGCAUUAUUGCAUU